AUGUUUUUCCUGCGCGCGGUCUGUUGGGAAGAAGAAUUUACACCAGCUGCAUUAAAUUUUUUAUCACCUAUUCUUGAUGCAUUACGACGUGGCACAGACAGUGAAUCAUUAGCAAUACAAGCCAGCUCGUCGAGUCUUCACGAACUAGCAACCGAACGUCGAGGAUGUGAACAAAUAAUUCGUCUGACUUCAAAUUUACAAGUUCUUGUUGAUUGUUUACAAAUUUGUCAUCAAGUGAAAAAUUUCAAUUUCAAUAUAAUUAAUAGUGAUAUUAUUUCCGCAGCAAAUGAAAUAAUACACUCAAAUUUUGGCAUGCUAACAAUUGGUGAAUGUUUAUCAGUAUUGAUACACUGUCAAAUGCACGAUAAAAGUCAUCAUGAUGAACAGUCUACAAAUUAUGAGAAUUACACAGAAUUCCAAACAGUUAAAAUAAUAACACGUAAACGUCGGGCGAAUACAACAGCGGGAGCAAGAAAAAAUAAACGCACGGAAAAGACGAAAAAAGAUGAAUGA